AUGACAGGCCUGGCAGCCAGUGGCGCGAUUGGCCAGCGCUGUGGACCUCAUCCCACCCUGGGCGCUGUCACCGACGUCAACAGAGGCAUCCACGCGGGAGGCGGCAAGCAAGACGGCAAAACGAGACGGCAACGAGAGAUCCAACAAGGCGACGCGACGAACAUGGCCACACUGCCGCCUCCCGCACCACCCUUCAGGGGCCGCUGCCAGUGCGGCCACAUCCAGUACACGCUCACCGCCCGUCCGCGCCGCGUCAUCCAAUGCCACUGCACCGACUGCCAGCGGACGGGGGGCAGUGACUACCAGAUUAUGGCCGAAUACCGCGUCGAGGACGUCGUCGUGGAGGACCCUCUCUCGCACUGGAAGAUCUACACUAUCCGCGAAGGCACGCGCAGCGGCCAGCCCAAGGAGAAGCACUUUUGCGGGCACUGCGGGUGUGUGCUCUGGACGGUGGCCAUGAAGGACCGGGGCGAGCUGCGGCUGGUGCGGACGAGUCUGGUGGAGGGCGGGCUGCAGCUGUUUCCGCCGACCCAAGUGCAGUUUAAGUGA